CUUUCAGGUUGUAUCAGUAAAUCUGGACAUUCAGCAGACUAUAGAAAAUAAAGGACUGAUUAAUGACUGCUGCAGAUCUGUCUUAUGCCAACAAGUUUAUUCAUAGUAAUAAUCAUUCAUUAUUAAAGUAACUCCGGAUUCAACUUCAGUGAACUCCAUCUUUGGACAUCUAGUAGGUUUAUUUUCACUUCCAACAGGUUGAAUGUGAAGUUCAGUGCAACCACCACCACAACGUAUUCUAUAUAUGAUAUGGCAAUUCUUUUGAGGCAGAAGUGGAAACAAUGUCUGUGCUUUCAAUGUCAUAGCUUGUAAAACUGAAAAGCAAUUUGGUUUGAAAUGUCACUUUAUAAUUGACUUUAUAGAAUUUCUGUGUUAUGGUUUGAUUUACUUUCUGCAUUUGUGGUAUGAAUGUGUCACUACUGUCUAAUUAGGUUAAGUUGAUAGAACCUGAAUCAGAGGUAUUACUGCACUUAUUUUUUUUAGCCAUUUAAACAAUUUUUGCAAGUGUGUAGUGUACUAGAAGUUAAAAAAUUGUUUCAGUUAAAAAUCCUAUGUCAUUCUCAUGAAGUAAGAGUUGAAUUGGGUCGAACAAUUAUGUUGAUUGAAAUGUGUAUGGGAGUUCUGUAAUCAUUCUUAUCAUGUUUGGUACACUGUAAAUUCUUGUUAAUAAUUAAUGAUGUUGAACUUUCUAAUUAAUCCUGAACUUCAUUAAAUGUAAAGACAUUUUAUUUUAGAGGCUUUCAAUCAUAUUUUUACAUCUAGAGGAUUUUGCAUUGAAAAUUUUGUUGCAGUAAUUGUAAAUUUCUUGAAAUUGUUGUUUGUGGCUUUCUUAUUGUUACAUGUUUUCUAUUUAUUUAUGUUAAUUAUUUGCAUGUAAGCUUAGAUUUGAAUAAAUAUGGAACAUUUCAAUACAGUUCCAGGGGUAUGUUUUGGUGCAGAUGUAAUUUAUACAGAAAGUAGUCAGCUAUAUGCAAUUGUGGAAUCAGAAAGUAACAGUACCUCUAUUUUAGGGAGAAAAAAUAGUGGUGCAUGUAAUGAUAAUGUUUCUGAUAGGAUGGAGUGUAAAGAUAUUCAUGCCAGAUCAGAGAGAGAAGUUACCACCUGUAGUUUCGAGCGUUGUAAAACUUCUGCCCAUAGCCUUUUGUGCAAAGAUGAUAUUCUUAAAUCAAGUUGUAAAAAUCAUGUUUUGGAGUUUGAUGAUAAGCCAUGUAAUCAAGAGAGCAAAGAAAUAAUCCCAUUUGAUAUUGCCCUUGGUGAAGUUGCUGAUCAUGAGAUGUUUUUAGGAUCUGAAAUAAAGGUUGAGAUUAAUGAUGAAGAAAUAGAAACUUUUUUGUUUAAUGGGACAGCCUCCAAAAAGAGUAAUGUUAUCCAAAACCAGGUUCCUUGUAGUACAUACUCUGUUAAAUUAAGACCGAAAAAAGUUGCAAAUAAUUACAGUACAAGUUACCACUGUUCUGUUUGUGGAGAGCCAUAUUUAGGCAAAUUAAGUAAGCAUUUGCGAAAAUGUCAUUCAGAACUUUUACUCUUUCAUUGUAAUGACUGUGGAAAAGGGUUUAUGGUGAAGAGUACCUAUGAAAAUCAUUUGAAAAUACCACACCCAAAUAACCUUUAUAAAUGUGGGAUAUGCAAAGCAGCUUUUAAAAAGCAAACUAGUCUCAUGGAACACAUUACUAGUGAACAUAGUGGCAGGGUUCCAGCUAAAAUGAAGUCGACUGGGAACAUUUUUAAAUGUGACAUAUGUGAAAAAUCAUAUAAUAGCAAGAUUUCUUUGUUUAGACACUUAACGCAAGUCCAUAAGAAUAUAUUUUAUAGAUAUUCAGUAAAAAAAUCUUUAUGUAAAUAUUGUGGAAAAAUCUUUGAAAAUACAUUUGACCAUGAAAUCCAUAAAAAGGAGCAUAAAAACCCACCAUUUGUGUGUAGCAUUUGUAAAUUGGUAUAUAAUAGUAAAGUUUAUCUGAAAAAUCAUGUGAAAAUGCACCUGACAGGCAAACCAACUUGUAAUAUUUGUGGAGCAGCUUUUGCAGAACAGAAAACUCUUAGAAGGCAUAUGCUGACUCAUUCUUUAGAAAUGAAAUUUCUUUGUGAGUUCUGUGGGGAGGGAUUUCCCCUUCAAAGAAAAUUCAAGACUCACAUGCGAAAGCAUACCAAAGAACCCAUCAAAAAGCCAUUCAAUUGUCCAGUUUGUGGAAAACCCUUUAGGGAUAGAAGUAAUCUGGCUUGUCAUAUGCAGAAACACAGAAAAACUAAAGAUUUUGUAUGUAAUAUAUGUGGUAAAGCUUUAGGUGAUAAAAGAACUCUAAAAAAUCAUUUAGGUCGACAUCAAGGGGAAACUCAAUAUAAGUGUCCAAUAUGUGAAAAGUCAUUUGCUUAUGCUAGUUACCGCACAGCACACAUGAGAAGUCAUACUAAAGAAAAGCCAUUUAAAUGUGAACAGUGUGGUAAAUGCUUCACUCAAAAGAGUAGUUUAAACACACACAAAAAAAUACAUGAUGGUAAAAAGCAACAUGUUUGCAGUAUAUGUAAUAAAGCAUUUUUGUUUGCCUAUUAUUUGAAAGUUCAUAUGCGGUCACAUACUGGAGAAAGACCUUUUAAUUGUGCUAAUUGUCAUAAAGCAUUUACUCAAAAAUGUACGCUGAAUACGCAUCUACAAAUUUGUAUAUAAAUUUUUUUUUUCUCUCUCUCUCAUAUACAUAUAUAUUAUAUAUUAAUGAAAGGGCAUAUUAAUUAAAUUUACCAACUCUAAUAUUAACCCUUAGUGAAUUGACAUGCUCACAUGAGUAGCAAUAACAGGUUUUGGUUGGAAGUGAAUGGACAUGCUCACAAGAGUAGCGAUACCAGGUUUUGGUUGGACAACAGAGCGACUCAUGGUGAUUAACGUUGUUACGCACCAUCAAUUUGGGGGAAUCAAGCGGGAAAGAGUCGUCAUUACUUCUUUAGCCCAUAAAUUCAUUAAUGGCAACUUGUAGACUGGCUAAGGUUAGAGAUUGGGUGGCUCAGGAGCUUAAUUGUGGUCUUGACUUCAAGGGAGGAUGUACUGCUUCACUGUCUUACAUUAUGUCUUCUUAUAAAUUUGCUCAUAAAUAUACCAAGGGUUGCUGUUGAUUUUAGUUCUUAUCCUUUAUGA